GGGGCGCGAUCGUGGGCAUGAGGCUGGCGAGCUGCAACAAGUCGUGUGGGAUAAACCAGGAUGGCAUCAUCUUUGUGUCCGAGGGCAGCACCGUGAACCUGAGGCUGUACGGCCAGAGUCUGGGCAACAUCUCCAGCAACCUGAUCUCCUUCACCGAGGUGGACGACGCGGAGACCGCCCACAAGUCCACCAACUGCCUCGAGCUCACCAAGGACCUGGUCGUCCAGCAGCUGGUCAACGUGAGCCGCGGGAACACGUCCGGCGUGCUGGUGGUGCUCACCAAGUUCCUGCGGAGGAGCGAGAGCAUGAAGCUGUAUGCGCUGUGCACCCGCGCCCGGGCUGAUGGGCCCUGGCUGAAGUGGACGGACAAGGACUCGCUGCUCUUCAUGGUGGAAGAGCCUGGGAGGUUCCUGCCCCUCUGGCUGCACAUCCUCGUCAUUAUGGUGCUGCUAGUGCUGUCGGGCAUCUUUUCUGGCCUCAACCUGGGGCUUAUGGCCCUGGACCCCAUGGAGCUGCGCAUCGUGCAGAACUGUGGUACCGAGAAGGAGAGGCGCUACGCCCGCAAGAUUGAGCCCAUCCGGCGCAAGGGCAACUACUUGCUCUGCUCGCUGCUCCUGGGGAACGUGCUGGUCAACACCUCCCUCACCAUCCUUCUAGACAACCUCAUCGGGUCUGGCCUCAUGGCGGUGGCCUCCUCCACCAUUGGUAUUGUCAUCUUUGGGGAGAUCCUACCUCAGGCCCUGUGCUCCAGACACGGGCUGGCUGUGGGUGCCAACACCAUUAUUCUCACCAAAUUCUUUAUGCUACUCACCUUCCCCCUCAGUUUUCCCAUCAGCAAGCUCCUGGACUUUUUCCUGGGCCAGGAGAUUCGCACCGUUUACAAUCGGGAGAAGCUGAUGGAGAUGUUGAAGGUGACAGAGCCCUAUAAUGACCUUGUGAAAGAGGAGCUGAAUAUGAUCCAGGGUGCCCUGGAACUGCGGACCAAAACCGUGGAGGAUAUCAUGACCCAGCUCCAAGACUGCUUCAUGAUCCGCAGUGAUGCCAUCCUGGACUUCAACACCAUGUCCGAGAUUAUGGAGAGCGGUUACACGCGCAUUCCUGUGUUUGAAGACGAGCAGUCCAAUAUCGUAGAUAUCCUCUAUGUCAAAGACUUGGCCUUUGUGGACCCCGAUGACUGCACCCCCCUCAAGACCAUCACCCGCUUCUACAACCACCCAGUGCAUUUUGUCUUCCAUGACACCAAGUUGGAUGCCAUGCUAGAGGAGUUCAAAAAGGGGAAGUCCCACCUGGCCAUCGUGCAGAAAGUGAACAACGAGGGCGAGGGCGACCCCUUCUAUGAGGUCCUAGGUCUGGUCACCCUGGAGGACGUCAUUGAGGAGAUCAUCAAGUCCGAGAUCCUGGACGAGUCGGACAUGUACACUGACAACCGAAGCCGAAAACGGGUGUCUGAGAAGAACAAGCGCGACUUCUCGGCCUUCAAGGAUACUGACAGUGAACUCAAAGUGAAAAUUUCCCCUCAGCUCCUUCUGGCUGCUCAUCGCUUUCUGGCCACAGAGGUCCCCCAGUUUAGCCCCUCACUGAUAUCAGAGAAGAUCCUGCUGCGACUGCUCAAGUACCCAGACGUCAUUCAGGAACUCAAGUUCGACGAGCACAACAAGCACUACAUCCGCCAUUACCUGUACACCCGAAAUAAACCAGCUGACUACUUUGUCCUUAUCCUGCAGGGCAAGGUGGAGGUGGAGGCAGGGAAGGAGAACAUGAAGUUUGAGACGGGUGCCUUCUCCUACUACGGGACCAUGGCCCUGACCUCAGUCCCCUCUGGAAAGUCCCACCUGGCCAUUGUACAGAAGGUGAACAACGAAGGCGAGGGCGACCCCUUCUAUGAGGUCCUGGGCCUGGUCACCCUGGAGGACGUCAUUGAGGAGAUCAUCAAGUCCGAGAUCCUGGAUGAGUCGGAGGAUUACCGAGACGCUAUGGUGAGGAAGAAGCCACUUUCUCUGAUUGCCCCCCUUAAGCGGAAGGAGGAAUUCUCCUUGUUCAAGGUGUCUGACGAUGAAUACAAAGUAAAAAUCUCGCCUCAGCUGCUCUUGGCCACCCAGCGCUUCCUUUCCCGAGAAGUGGAUGUAUUCAGCCCAUUGCGAAUCUCCGAGAAGGUCCUGCUGCACCUGCUGAAGCACCCCAGCGUCAACCAGGAAGUGAGGUUUGACGAGAGCAACCGCCUGGCUGCACACCAUUACCUGUACCAGCGCAGCCAGCCAGUGGAUUACUUCAUCCUUAUCUUGCAGGGCAGGGUUGAAGUAGAGAUCGGGAAGGAGGGCCUGAAGUUUGAGAACGGGGCCUUCACCUACUAUGGCGUGUCUGCCCUGACGGUGCCGUCCUCGGUUCAUCAGUCCCCAGUGUCUUCGCUCCAGCUCAUCUGCCAUGACCUGCAGCCCGAGCCAGCCGAUGGCACCCGUUCGUCUACGUAUUGUCCUGACUACACCGUGAGGGCCCUUUCUGACCUGCAACUCAUUAAGGUCACCCGGCUGCAGUACCUCAAUGCGCUCCUGGCUACCCGAGCCCAGAACCUGCCACAGUCCCCUGAGAACACUGACCUCCAGGUCAUCCCAGGCAGCCAGACCAGGCUUCUUGGUGAGAAGACGGCUGCAGUGGCAGGGUCCAACCACAGCAGGCCUGGCAUCCCCGUGGAGGAGAGCCCCGGGCGGAACCCAGGAGUUUAACUGUUUGCCAGGCAGCCCCAGACAUGGGGAAUGGACAAGCAUGCGGGGCACUGAGUGAGCUGAGCAGAAGCUUUGUGCCAGCUGCCCCACCCCUUCCAGGCCACGUUUUAGAUGGCCCUUGUAGCGGUGGGUCCUGGGCGGCCUCAGAACCAGACAUCAGUGCCAGGAGCCUUCGGACCCUGCCCCCCUUUAGGAGGUGGGGUCAGCAGGGCACAGUUCCUCCAAGGAACGAAAGGAAUGUCGUCAUCUCUGGUCCCCAGGGCCCAGCCUUUUUCCUUCUCCGCUGGGACUGUGACAGUGUGGUGUAUUUAUACCUCUCCAGGCCAAGCCACCAUUGUGAGUGCACAAUUCCUGCCUUUGUGUGGCCAUGACCUGUACUCUCUUCGCUUUUAAUUUGCCAACCUUCUGCUGCUGGCAGCACUUCUCGAGCAAACGGAGAGCUCCGGUUUUGGCUAGAGGUUCCAGUCCACAGCCUCGCCAUGGUGUGCUAUCUGGCUACCCUUACAGCGCCAUGUCUCAGAGCCCUUGCCCCAGCCUUUCCCAGUGCCAAGCCAGAAGCACGGUUACCUACACCCUGAUCCUUCCAGUAGGCCCUGCUCCCUCCUGUGGAGGGUGCUUUCCUGACCCUCUCCAGGGCCGUGAGUGAGUGAGCGAAUGGAUUGGCCCAGUGGUGCAGAGGGGGCCUCUUUUGCUUCUCCUUGGCCUGCCAUGCUGAGUUGCCACUAGAACUGUUGCCAGUUUCCGUGUUCCAGUGGGAAUCACACCUGGAAGGAAGGGUUCUUUGUGCUGUAUCAAGUCCUUUCUUCACUGUGUGAUCCCAGGAGGAGUGGCCACCUACUGUGUGUUUCAUGCCUUCCUAGGCCUCAUGGAGGUGUCACAUGACUGUGACAUCAGAAAGCAAGUGCGGGAGGGAAGGGGUGUUGAUGAACCAGGGCGAUCCUCCGUAGCUUCCUUCAAGAACAAAAAGAAGUCAGUUUUUCUUGUAUCUCUAAAACAUUUCAAGUCUUUUGCUUUUUUUCUGUUCCUAGCAAAGGAGUUUCACAGAAGGGGGAACAAGAAAGCAUUUGCUUUUUCUUCUAAUUUACCUAUAUUUUCCUUCCAGAGUAUCUCCAGCUAUGUGAAAACGGGCAUCAUGGGACAUAGGGUCAUAUGUUGGGUAGGGAGACCGGAGGAUUUCUGGAACUUUUUGGAAUUUGGGCCCUUAUAAAUGGGACUGAAUACCAAAAGAAUGUGGUAAGCUUGCUUAGAAGUUGUUCUCAAGGAAUAUGCUCUGAGAGCAGAUGUUGGUGGUAAACAUAUUUUAAAAUCUCUCUUUCCAGAACAGUGAUUCUUAACAUUAGCUGCACAUUGAAUCACCUAGCAAUAUAGAAUACUGGGCCCACUCCCUGGGCUUGUGAUUUAAUCAUUCUGGACAUCAGGGUUUUAUUUUUGAAAUAUUUUUAGAUUCGCAGAAGAGAUUCAUAUACCCUUCAUUCAGCUUCCCAUAACAUUAACGUCCUGUAUAUCCUUGGUGCAUUUAUCUAAAUUUAAAAGUUAACAUUGGUGCAACAAUACUAUUAACUUUGUUUGGGUUUUGCCAUUUUUUCCAGUAAUAUCCCUUUUCUGUUGUGGGAUCCAACCCAGGAUACCAUGUUGUACUUAGAGCAAUGGCUUUCUUUUUUUCCUAACUUUCUAUUUUGAAGUAUUUACAGAUUUAUAGGAAGUUGCAAAAAUAGAGACCCCGUGCACCCUUUGUCCAGUUUCCCUCAAUAGUUGUAUCUCACAUAAUUAUAAUACAGUGUCAGAACUAAGACUUUGACACCAGUGCAAUGUGGGGGCAUAGUUCUGCAUCAUUUGAUCAUGGAUACGUUUGUGUAGCCACCACCGCAAUCAAGAUGCAGGCUGUCCUGCCACCACCAGGAUCUCCCUCAGACUACCCUUUAGAGUCACACCUGCCCUUUCCCCAGCCCCUGGCAACUACUCAUCUGUUCGUCUCUUAUUUUGUCAUUUCAAAAAUGUAUAAAUGAAAUUAUAUAGUAUGUAAUCAUUUGGGAUUGGCAUUUCCACUCAGUGUAAUUCUCUGGAAGUUCAUCCAGCAAUCACAGUAUUGCUGAGGAGUAGUCCAUGAUACUCACUGUCCUGUUGGAAGGACGUUUGGGUUGUGUCCAAGGUUUGGCUGUUUCAAAUAAAGCUGCUCUGAACAUUCAUGUACAGGUUUCUGUGUAAACAUUAGUUAUUUUUGGAAUAAAUGCCAGGAGUACAAUUGCA